UCCGAGUUCCCAGUUGUCUUGAAAGCACCACAAGAGGCGGGUGUUGAGUAGAUGAAUGAUAAACAGACGAGCUAACGGUUGCCAUCAUUUGACUUCCCUACAAACAGGCUUGUGAUAUAGCUGUCGUGAUCACCUAAUUCCAAUUGUGUGGAAGAGACAACACAAUCAGGCUGUUGGACCUGACAGAAGAGCAGGCUCUGUAGGUGGAAACUCCCCACUGUCAUCAGCAGGUAAUCAUGACUAAUGUCCCUUCUCUUCACUCUGCUGCCAUGGGUUCUGUUUUUCUACUGGCUGAGUGAGUCCAAGGCCAGUGGUGAGUGGAGCUUCUACCCCAGGCCCCCCCCAUCCAAAGGUCCAGUCAGCAUGUCCAGCGACCCCCCUCCUCCCUACCCCGGAGGUCCCAGCGCCCCUCUUAUCAAGGAGAAGAAUGGACAGCCAGCCAUUCCGGGCUCGGCGGUCCCUGUAUCGACGGGUCCUCCUCAGGGACACCCCCUGCACCCAGACUAUGGCCCUCCACCCUACGAGGCCACGCUACAGCCAGGCUUCUUGCCGCCACACGUCCCAGGAGAUGGGGCCAUGCCCAUACCACAUGGUGGCUUCUACCCUCCACCAGGUCACUUUGGCCCGGGGCAGUUUGGCCCGAGGCCCAUUCAAUUUGGGCCUGUGGCAGGUCAGACAGCUCACACGGUGCUGGUACCCCCUGGGACAGCUACCACAGUGACUGUGCUACAGGGGGAGAUAUUCCAGACAGCACCCGUACAGACUGUGUGUCACCACUGCCAGCAGCCCAUCAUCACCCGCAUCAACCACAGCGUGGGCCUCAUGAACGCUGUCUUCUGCCUCUUCUGCUUCUUUGUUGGGUGUGAUCUGGGUUGCUGCUUGAUUCCCUGUCUGAUCGAUGAUCUCAAGGAUGUGAUACACACCUGCCCCUACUGCAAGGGCUACAUCUACACAUACAAGCGUAUCUGCUAACCACCAACAGACAGACACGUGUACAGUGGGGCAAAAAAGUAUUUAGUCAGCCACCAAUUGUACAAGUUCUCCCACUUAAAAAGAUGAGAGAGGCCUGUAAUUCAUCAUAGGUACACUUCAACUAUGACAGACAAAAUGAGAAGAAAAAAAAUCCAGACAAUCACACUAUAGGAUUUUUAAUGAAUUUAUUUGCAAAUUAUGGU